AUGGUGAAUGCAGACCAUGGAGGAGAACCCUCAUCAUCAUUAGGCGGCGAGCACGACGUUGCUAGCGACAAUGCUUAUUUCAUCACGAUGAAUGAUUUAGUCCAAGACUUGGCCGACGGUAGCGGGGGCGAUGAGGAUGGUGAGCCGGCGCCCAAGGAUGCAGAGCUUUUUGAGGAAUUAAUUAACCGCCUCGACAAUGACGACGUUCUGUUUGGGAGUCCGAGGUGGCUAGAUAAUUUUAAGGAGAUGAAGUAG